GACUGGCGACAAAGUUGUCACUUGGAAUUGAAUGCUGCAAUUAUACAUUUUUAAUGGGGCUUUUUCACAUUUUCCCCCCGAUGCCGGAUUUAUCCUCGCUGGCCAGGCCGGCCGGGUUUGUUCCUAUUUAACGCCUUCCUGCUGCCUGUCUCGCUCCGCCACCGAUCUGCUUUCGUCCGCUGUGAAUUCCGGAUCGCCGCCUGCCUGCCUGCCUGCCUGCCGCUAUGGCGUCGGAGGUCGUCGCCGUGGGGGAAUUGCCUCUCCUACUUCCUAUAAAGACCGCGCUGGGCGGCGGGGAGAAGAUCGCCGCGGCGGUGGGUGAAGGCGGCGGCGAAGAGGAGGGCGGGUGCGUCACUCCCAAGUCGGAGCAGCACGUCCUCAAGCCGCCCACCGUGUGCCCGCCGGCACCCAAGAAACCGAAUCCGGCAAAGAGAUCGGCGUCCGCGGCGCCGAAUUGCAAGGAAUUCUUCGUCGUGCCUCGGGACUUGACCUCGAUCUUCAUCCCUAUCCCUCCGAAGAAGAGGAUUCGCCUAAUCUGAUCCGGUUCUGCUUUCUCCUCUUUCUCUCUCUCUCUCUGUAUUAUCCUCCCUGUUUUCUCUUAAAUUUCUUGUGUGGUAAAAAUUGAAUUUUUCUUCCUAUUGAAAUCCCCACUUUGUAUAAGGUCGAGGGAACGUAUCCUCCCGAUCACGCUUCAUUGUGUAAAUUUUACAUUCUUUUCUUGUGUAAUCUUUACCAGGAAUUCUUCUCCUGUCGUUGAAUUCUCUUCAAAUUUAGAAUUUUGUCUUUCAGAAUCCUGUUCUCAAACUAGAAUUCUGCAAAAUCUGUUCCAAAAUCUGAGUUUUGCUCCUGCUGAUGGAUCAUUCCUGCAGCUCGGAGCUAAAUUGCCUCGUCUUAGAAAUAUUUCUUUUCAGGUUCCAAGGAACAUACCGACCUGUCAGAUUACCAUCACGCCCUCCAUCCACUGUUUUGUUGUCUUCCAUUGCAACGUGAUUCUUGGUGCAAAUUGGGAUCCAAUGGAAGACUUUAGAGCUGUUAAGGUAAUGCUCGGGAGGGCAUAAUUAGCACAUGAUGGAAGGCAGUUAAAAGCUGCCAUGAGCCAGUGGCACAAGCUCGAUCACGCUUUGGCUUCCAAUCCAAGCAAGGUCUUCCCUCUUCCAACACCCCACGGUGCCAACGGAAUGGCCCGAUAAAAGGAGAAGAAGAUCAUGAAGGAAGCACAAUGAUCAGCACUGUAACUUCUCUCUGUUUCUUUCAUUUCUACCGCUGCGCACAGACAUGUGGCAGAAGGCGACAAAGCUACUGCCGCCGGAGUCGGCGGGGUUUGGUUGGCAAACUGCACCGUGAAUUCUGUGGCAAAAAUAAAAUGACGGCUUGGGGAAAGAGUAGUAGCAGGCCUGGUUACUGCGUACAGACAAGAGGAGGAAUCGUGUGGAAGGGAAAGUUUUUUUUUUCUUUAAUCCAAGCUAUAAAAAAUUAUUACUGGCUAUCAAAGCAAUCAUCGUUUUUGGAGGUCUAUUCAUUUGGAAAGUUUUGAGGUAA